GACAACUGAAGGAGUGUAAACAGCCCAAAGUCCAUCAUAUCAAAUAUUUAUAUUUGUAAUAAAAAUGAUAUUUUAUUUAAUACUCUAAUUUGAAUUUUCUAUAGUCAUAAUAAUAAAGUUUUUUCCCAUAUCUUUUAAAUAUACAACAGGAAUUUGUUAUAAACAUAUUUUAUACAUGUUGACUUCCAGCUAAAAAGGAAAAAAUGCAGGCAGCUAUGUACGGUCUAUACUUGCAGGCGUUGUCCAUUUGUACAGUGGUAUUAUUUCUGAGCGUUGUUGUGUCUGUGCACGGACAGACUCCGCCUCCAUUCGGGUACCCAUCAAUCUGCGCACCACCGAACCAAACCAUUCUCGAUCCUACCUUACCGGCAGGCACAAAGAUGCCACAGUUGCCCUAUAUACCAGACACGUUCCAACUGCGUGUAGAGGCCAACAUCAUUGACAAGCAAACGACAUGGUCCGCGGAGGAAUACUCUGACGAUACCAAUAAUCGCGCGGCAUUGAGAAUUCUGAGAAAUAACUCUAUGAACUACAUGAUAUUCGACUACACUAACAAUCAGAUCAUAUACGAUGUCAACGGCAACUGUUCUGUCACUACUCUGAAUAGAGAUCCGUAUGGUAAUGAGAUUAUCUUCGGCAUGAAAAGUUCUGGAGGAGGCGGUGGGAUACCCCAUAUAUAUACCACUAGUUCAGCGCUUCAUUUUGCUAAGUCAAAUGGUUUGAUGUAUAAAGGACCAAAAAUUGUUCGAGGAAUCAAUUGUGACUGGUGGCAGUCAUGUAUGUACUGGCCUAACUUAGCGGCUAAUUUUACCCUGGACUACUACUUUUCUGCAUAUAACUGGACGGCGCCUGAUUUAUCCAAUCAAGUUCCCGUCUUAGCAGAAAUACAGGGCGUUACCUUAGGUGCUACACCUUUCCACCAUACUUACGAGUAUUUUGACUACAGAAACCAUAUAUGGGGCAGUGAUUCCGUUUUCGAUACUCCACAAGGUAAAGUGUGUCCAGGCAGGAAGCAGACGAGAAAAGUGCCUGUUCUAUCCACCGGACAAUAUUCCUUCAGAGAAGAAAUUGUGGACACAAUGAAUCUUGGUGUAUCGCAGGCGGAUAUUUAUUACGAUUAUACCAAUAAUGUUGUAAGAAUCGACUACAGACCGCUUUCCUCAAGGUACCCGUACUAUGCGACCAACCCUGUUAGCGAAAUCCACGACUACUCCACAGGAGUCGCCUAUGGUAUCGACAAUGUUAGGGGUAACUGCACUAUAUUCCCUCUAACAAAUACUUCGAUUUAUACCACCGUUGAAAGUUCGAAUCGGGCGCAAUUCUCCCUCCGUAUGAAAUCACCGAAUGAAUUAUUUUACCUUGACAACACAACAUAUACUUAUGAAGGAACGCGGACUGUGAGGGGCAUAUUAUGUGACGUGUUUAUUUCAAACAGAACAGAUUUCAAAUUGCCAGGUUAUCCAGAGUUUUCUUCAACAUUUGAAAUCUAUUUCCUGAAUAAAGUAUGGGUCGACUACAGUUCUGGCAGUACAGAUGUACCUAUUCAGUUGCGAAUAUCCACUCCGGACUGGGUUGGCUAUACAGCCUUAUACAAUAUUUAUGACUUUACCCCUGGGGCUCCUUCAGCAGAUAAAUUUUCUAUUGCUUCUUGCUAUGCAGAAACGUCCAAGACAGCAUUUAGGAUAGCAUUCCCAGGUAACUGGGACAUCAGCUUGAUGCAGUAUCACAAUUUAUUAAUCUCAAAGAUCACAGACGAAAUUGUGAAGGUUGGUCACGUGUCUCCAAUACGUGUCCAGGAUAGACAGCUCGUCAUUGAUUCCGACGUGUUUUAUUUCAUCGCUACUUUAUUGGACAUGCCACCUCCAUUAGGUACAACGCAGUCACAAGUUUUGAACAUGUCUUCGCCUGACGUCAUGAGAGCUCUUAAAAAUAUUGUCAUAACUGGAAAUUUCCGGCUGAAUGUCAACGUUAGUGGACAGGUGACAACAGUCACAGCAGACUCGAUAGACGACAACAUAAUUAGAAAUCCUCAACGCAAAUUAUCAACAAAGGCUUUGAUGGACAGGUUUUCGGUGCAAACAAACAAAUACAUACCAGGAUACAGUGAUAUGAUUUUAACCGGGUUGUCAAUUGACGACUGUGCUUCAACGUGUCUAAAUAGGAUGAGUUUUGUUUGUAAUUCUUUCUGGUAUGAUUUUACCACUGGCUAUUGCGUGCUCUCCCGACUCCAUCCAGAUGAAAGACCGAAUUUAGUUGUAAACAACGCAUUUACAGACAUGUAUAGCAAAAAAUACACGGUUGAUUACGAGAUGGUGCCAGGAACCACUGUUUUGUCAAGCUCAGAUGUCUUCUAUCAAAAUGUAUACUCCGCCGACAUGUGUGCAAAGCUUUGUUCAGCCUAUGAUGAGUUCAGUUGCAAAUCGUUUGACUAUUGUGACGAGAUUUCAACAUGUUACUUAGGUCGAACCCAUUUCUAUGAUGUGCCAAAAGCCGAUAAAGUUCACUCACCGAUUUGCAGCCAUUUUUCAAGGCAGUAUCUAUCAGACUUCAGAAUUACCACGCGCCAGCAUCUUACUAACGCAGACGAUCGUAUUAUAAGUGGUGUAAGCAUUGGUCAGUGCGCGAAAUUAUGUGUGGAGGAAGAGAGGAAUGACUGUGCCAGCUUUGGUUACUGUGCUAACAAAACGGAAUGCAGACUAAGCACGGCGUCUAUGCGAAAUAUAGGGCAGGUCAGCUCAGAACCAAGUUUUUGGUGCGAUGUGUACAAUAGACAAAUAUUUCCAGAUGGAACGCCGUAUACGCCGAAAUCCUCCAAGUGCGUUAGUCCUCCACCAUCAACUGCCAGUGUAACAUCAGCACAUUCCACGCCUAACGCAGAGCCUAGUACCAGCAAAUCUAUGCCAUCUUCAAGUUCCAGCAAAUCUAUGCCAGCUUCAAGUUCCAGUAAAUCUAUGGCAGCGUCAAGUUCCAGCAAAACCAUGACAUCUUCAAGUUCCAGCAAGUCUAUGACUGCUUCAAGUUCCAGUAAAUCUAUGGCUCAGUCCAGUUUCUCAUCUUCCACUAUGGAAGGUACAACAAAUGGACAAAUUAUUUCCAGUCAAAGUCCUUAUACAAAGAAGCCCUUGAAGAAUGCCAAUUCACCACCAUCAAGUAAAAAAGGCUUAUCAGCAGGUGGAGUUGUGGGCGUGGCCAUUGGUAUGUUGGUGGUCGGAAUCGUAAUUACAGCACUUGCAUACAUUGGAAUAAAGAAAUUCAAAAGAAGGUUACCAGGAGAGAUGAGAGUUGCAUAUGCCAAACGUGAAGUGGACAUAAACUGAAUUAACACCGACAUAUCUAAACGCAUUUACCUCAAACCAUGUAAGAUUAGUGUUUGUGGCACCGCCAUCUGUUAUUUCGAUGCAAGCUGUAUGCGUGUACAUCGCACAUAUUUAGUUAACUUUUGUUGUAACUGUAACAGCGAUGGACGACACUUGCAGACUCACUGUAAUUUAAUAAUGCAGGUUGUGCAAAUCAAGUAACAAAAGUUAUUCUAACACUCUAUUCUUAGUAAUCUGGUAAUCUUAGUAAAAACGGAAAAAGUUCAUGUGAUACUAAUGAAAUACAUCUGUAUUUUUACCGAUUGUUUUUUAAAGCAAGCGGUCAUUUAACUCUUUUAUAAGAAUUUUGUACAUCGUGUUAUAAGAUGUGUUUGAUUGCUAUAUUGAUAUCUGUUUUAUACAUUUGUCAGUGAUUUACAGUUAUACCGGUAUUUAUUUGUUCAUGACAUCGUGAAAUAAAAACAAAGUAUUUGAAGUGAUAUUUUUUGCAGUAGGGAUUAUGUAUAUAUGUUUUCGACAUUACCUGCAUUUGUUGUAUUGAUGUACACAAAAUUUCCAUGUAGCAUCUUUGUAUUGACCUCUUUCAAUAUUUUAUAGUUCAUUUGAAAUUACUGAACUCCGUCCAUCUGUUGUUAUUAGUCAAUUGUUUAUAUUAUUUCAAAACUUUCCACGAUUUACUAAAUGUCGUUCCCUCGACAUUAGCAUGCACUACUCAUUUUAUUGUACUAUUCAUUUUUAUAACACUACUGUUUUUAUUGCGCUACUCUAAGUGCCAGAAUGUCACAAUACACGCCCGUCACAGCAAAUUUC